AGUGAAACUCAGAGGCCAUGUUAGUGGAGCUCAACCUUGCCGUCACCCACGUAACCCCCUCCCCUGCGUGUCUGUUCCAGGGACCAUGUCUGCCUUCCGCUCAGGCCUGCUGGUGCUCACGACCCCACUCUCGGCCCUGUCUCUGCGCCUUGUUCCCAUCCUGGCCUCAGCCUCCCGGAUCGUGGAGGAUACGCUCUAUGUUCACCUGCAGCCGGGCCUCAGCUUGACAGGCUCUUCGCAGCCCAGGUCCACCUACGUGCCAGCCUCCCCCGAGAUCUAUAGCCUCAUCAGCAAGCUGUAUGCAGAUGCUGACGCCCACGGCCACCUGGACGUACGGGUCCUGCUGACAAACAUCCGCAACCAGAGCCUGACGCCACAGUCACUUUCUUCAGUGCAGAACCUCUCCCACCCGCCCGAGGUGGUCCUGACCGACUUUCAGACCAGUGAUGGUGGCCAGUACAACCCAGUGAAGCAACGCCUGGAGCGAUACGCCACCAGCUGUUACAGCUGCAGGCCCAAUCUCAUCUCUGUGCUGCUCUACCCAGAGUAUGAGCCCAUGAUGGAGGAGAGGGAGCUGCCCUCACAGGAACCAGACUUGGAUGGUGGGACCAUGCAGAGUUACAGGGAUGUUGUUGUAGGGGGCACUUUCGAUAGACUCCAUAAUGCCCACAAGAUCCUUCUGAGUGCAUGUUGCCUGUUGGCUGAGAACCGGCUACUGAUUGGCAUCUCUGACAAGGAUCUCUUGGAGAAUAAGGUUCUGAAGGAACUGAUCCAGCCGUAUGAGCAGCGAGUGGAGAAGCUGUGUGAGUUCCUGGUGGACGUGAAGCCUUCUUUGCGUUAUGACAUUGUGCCUCUGGUAGACCCCUGUGGCCCGUCGAUAACGGACCCUGACUUGGAGUGUAUAGUAGUCAGUGAGGAGACCCGCAAGGGAGGGGUGACCGUGAACAAGAAGAGACUUGAAAAUGGGCUCCCAGAGCUGGCCCUCCAUGAGAUCCGGCUGGUUAAAGAUCCCGGGCACAGAGAGAACGAGGAGGAAAAGAUCAGCUCCUCCAGCAUCCGGCAGAGGCUGCUCGGAUCGCUGCUGCAGCCCCCCCAGAAGGACCCAGCCCGGCCUUCUCGCCCCUAUGUGAUCGGCCUGACUGGAGGAAGUGGAAGUGGGAAAACAUCCAUUGCCAGGCACUUGGAACGCCUGGGCGCUUUCCUCAUCGAUGUUGACAAACUGGGCCACGAAGCUUACGCCCCCGGCGGCCCUUCGUACGAGCAGGUGGUGGAGGAGUUCGGAGAAGACACUCUGAACGAUGACAGGACAAUUAACAGGAAAAUCCUCGGGGCCAAAGUGUUUGGAAACCAGGGGCGGCUAAAGCGUCUCACCGACAUCGUGUGGCCUGAGAUCGCGAAGCUGACAAAGAGGCAGCUGAAUGAAGCAGCGGCACAGGGGAAAGCGGUGUGUGUGCUGGACGCGGCCGUGCUGCUGGAGGCUGGCUGGACACACCGGUGGAUGGUCGUCGUCCCGGAGAAGGAGGCCCUGCAGCGCAUCAUGACCAGAGAUGGGCUGAGCGAAGAGGCUGCUCGGAACAGGCUGCAGAGCCAGCUGAGUAACAGCCAGAGGCUGCAGCAGUCGCAUGUCGUGCUCUGCACGCUCUGGGAGCCGGAGACGACUCGCAAGCAGGUGGAGAAGGCCUGGGUCCUCCUGCAGCAGCGCAUCAGCCAAGACUAGAGGCUGGGGACCUGGUGGCUCUUCCGGCCACUUCCAUCUCGUCGUCACGCACAGCCAGACGGGGGCUCCCAGCACUGACGGGCUCUGCUGCCAGGGGCUGGGGUCUGCACGCUUGGCCCCAUUCUCGCCCACGUCUGGUAGCAGGGCGGGGCGGGGCACCACGAGGGUGCACCAAGGACAGCGGCUCUGAGCUGGUGACACGGGCACGGGCCGGGAGAGAGCAGCAGCGUGGAUCUGCUGGGACAGACGUCACCGGAGCCAGCGCAUGCCGAGCCCCCGGCCCGGCCCGGCGGCAGGCCCGGCUCCGUUCACUUCGGGCUGCGCUGUAUGAGCCCCCCGUGCCCUCCUCUGGGUGAUCAGUAUCAUGUGGAUUGUCCCCCCUUCCCGGUGGAUGGGCCACCUCGGUGCACGCUGCCCGAUCCGGGUGUCCUGAAGGCUGUCGCAGUUAAAGGUCCAGUGUGUGCAGCCUGCCUCUGUGUGGUGA